AGGUAGCCAAACAAUAGUCACAUCAUUACAAAUAUAUUGGCAAAUGGUGCAAAUUUGCCCUUUGGUAGGGUGUUGAAAUUACUAUUAGUUCAGUGCACUUUUCCGUCAUAUUCAGUCAUGAGACACCAACAAAGACAACAACUCAUUUUGAUGGCUUGGAAAUGAAUAACUGUUGUUUUCCUGUCACACCAAUAGAGGGAAAGGAGUGGAAGCUCUAAUUUGCCCUCUGAAAAGUGUAUUACUUACAUGGUUGUGGCUAUGGAUUCAAAUGUAGUUGAGGUUCAUAGUCACUGGAUAUUGGAAAGUGUUUGCUGAGAUGGUAUUUUAAAUGUUUUAUCCAUCACAAUUCAUUACAGUUUUUACUUAACAUGUCACUGACAUAGUUAGGCAUAUUUAAUGUGCUUGGCUGAGAAGGCAAUGUGAUAUAAGUUAUUGACACGAAAUGUUGCCCCUCAAUGUAUGGAUCACUUCAUGCAGUUCUAAUUGUAGUCCCUGAGUGUCGCUAUUGACCAGCUUAGAACGGAUAGACACAGUUCUCCACCCAGUGCUAUAAUAUUUAAAUAAAACAAAGGCAUUCUUCACGACGAUAUAGUGAAGUGGACCGACUGGUUCUCGGACACUACGUGUGGGACUCCUCUGUGAUUUAUUCGAGUUUUUCAGUUUCAAAGGGUAUUUUAUGGAUUAUUACAGAAUGAUAUCGAAGCGCCUCAGCCAUUCAAACUGGAUUUUCUGGAUAGCCUUCUUUAUCCAUCUGCGCUACUGUCAUGGAGAUUUGAGCUAUUCCAUUCCAGAGGAGAUGAAACGAGGAGCUGUGAUCGGUAAUCUCGCGAAGGAUCUCGGACUCGAUGCAAGAACCCUGUCGGUGCGCAAAGCUCGGAUAGAUUCGGAGGGUAAUCGAAAACAUUUAUGUGAAAUUCAUUUGCAGACAGGCGAUUUAGUAAUCGCUGAGAGGAUAGACCGUGAACAGCUUUGUGGGUCAAGAGCAUCAUGCUCUAUAAAAUACGAGCUAGUAUUAGAAAACCCUUUGGAAUUGCAUCGAAUUACUGUUCAGCUUCAAGAUAUAAAUGAUAACUCACCUCGUUUUCCGGAAGAUGAAAUUAAUUUUGAAAUAGGGGAAUCUGCUGUCAAAGGGGCUCGUUUCCCUUUAGAUGAAGCACAUGAUUCGGAUAUAGGAAGAAACGGAAUCCAAGGCUAUUCACUGGAAACUAACAAUUAUUUCAUUUUAGCUGUACAUUCUAAUUCAGAUGGAGGGAAGUAUAGCGAACUAGUUUUAGAUAAAGAACUCGAUCGUGAACAGCAGCGGGAGGUGACAUUGCUACUAACUGCUAGUGACGGAGGAGCUCCGCAGAGAUCCGGUACUGCAACCAUACACGUCACUGUACUGGAUGCUAACGAUAAUUUGCCAGUUUUCAGUCAGCCAGUCUAUCAAGUCACUUUACCCGAAAACUCCCCAGCAGGCACAGUUGCAGUUAUUGUAAGUGCCAUAGAUGCAGAUGAAGGUGCAAAUGGCGAGGUAACGUAUUACUUUAGUCGCAUAUCCGAUGAAGCAGCCAGACUUUUCUUCAUCGAUAAAGUCAGUGGAGAGAUUAAAGUCAUAGGACCAAUAGACUACGAGGAGGAAAGUAAUUAUGAACUCCGUGUUCAGGCAAAGGAUGGAGCUGGAUUGGCCUCCAUUGCUAAAGUCGUUAUAGACAUUACAGAUGUUAACGACAACGCACCUGUUAUAUUAAUCAAAUCCCUUAAUGAUCAAAUUCCAGAAAAUGCAGUACCAGGCACAGAAGUAGGCAUAAUAAGCGUACAGGACAAAGACUCUGAUGGAAACAAACAGGUUCGAUGCGCUAUUCAGGGAAACGUUCCUUUCAAAUUAAAUCAAUCAAUAAAGAAUUAUUUUUCUCUGGUUACAACAGCUGAGCUAGACCGUGAGUUUUUAGAUGAUUAUAAUAUUACAAUUACUGCAACUGAUGAAGGCAAUCCACCACUGACUUCUUCCAAGAUCCUCCAUCUCUCUGUCUCAGAUAUAAAUGAUAACCCCCCUGUAUUUGAAGAGCAGUCCUACAGCGCAUAUGUGACUGAGAAUAACAAGCCUGACUCCUCUGUCUGUUCUGUUACUGCGAGAGACCCAGACUGGAGACAGAAUGGCACAGUGUUCUACUCUCUGUUGCCCAGUGAGGUCAAUGGUGUUCCGGUCUCCUCAUAUUUAUCCAUUAAUGGAGACACAGGGGUGAUCCAUGCUGUGAGGCCCUUUGACUAUGAGCAGUUCAGAAGCUUCAAAGUUCAGGUUGUAGCCAGAGACAAUGGUUCUCCUCCACUCAGCAGCAACGUGACUGUGAGUGUGUUCAUAACAGAUGAAAAUGAUAACUCUCCUCAGAUAUUAUACCCUACUCCAGAAGGAAACUCCUUCAUGACUGAGAUGGUUCCUAAAGCUGCUCUUUCUGGCUCGCUGGUCUCCAAAGUGAUCGCUGUUGAUGCUGACUCUGGACAGAACGCGUGGCUGUCAUAUCAGAUUGUGAAGUCGACUGAUCCGGGACUUUUCACUAUUGGUCUCCACAGUGGAGAGAUCAGGGCUCAGAGGGACAUUUCUGAAUCUGACAGCAUGAAGCAGAACCUUGUGAUCUCAGUGAAAGAUAACGGACAGCCCUCUCUCUCUACAACCUGUGCCGUAUAUUUACUCAUCUCUGAUAACUUGGCUGAAGUUCCUGAACUGAAAGACAUGUCUUAUGAGGAGAGCAAUUCUAAACUCACAUCUUAUCUGAUCAUUGCUCUGGUGUCUGUUUCUACCUUUUUCCUCACUUUCAUCAUUCUGAUCAUUGCUGUGAGGUUGUGUCAUAGGAGAAAGCCCAGACUGUUGUUUGAUGGAGCAGUAGCCAUUCCCAGUGCAUAUUUGCCUCCCAACUAUGCAGACAUUGAUGGAACUGGGACUCUCCGUAGUACUUACAACUAUGACGCCUAUAUGACGACAGGGUCACGUACGAGUGACUUCAAGUUUGUUACAUCCUACAAUGACAACACGCUGCCUUCUGGCACCACUCUGAAGAGGAGCCCAGUUGACAACAGUGACUGUCUUAACUUCACUUCGCUUGACUUCAUUGAGAAUGGAUCAAAAUGCUCCACCCUGAUAUUUGACAGUGACGAUUUACACUGCUAA